AUGUCUGGACAGACCGGCCGCGUCCAACUCUAUGUCUACGAUCUGAGCCGGGGUAUGGCCAAGGCUAUGUCCCUUGGGCUCACAGGCAAGCAAAUCGAUGGAAUUUGGCACACCAGCGUAGUCGUCUUUGGCCGUGAAAUCUUCUAUGGCCGUGGUAUUAUGGAGGCGACUCCCGGCACUACUCACCACGGAACCCCUCAGCAGAUUAUUGAUUGCGGCGAGACUCGUGAGUUGCCGCUUGGAUAUUCCCAGCUGACGACAGACAUCGACGAUGAGACAUUCCAAGAGUACCUCUCCUCGGUCUCCGAGCUGUACACUCCAUCCGCUUACCACCUCAUCGACUUCAACUGCAACAACUUCACUGCAGACGUCAUUGGUUUCCUUACAGGUGCCGAGAUUCCCUCCUGGAUCAGCGGCCUUCCCUAUGAGUUCCUCGCCACGCCUCUCGGGCAGAUGCUCAAGCCCCAAAUCGAUGCCAUCUUCGGCGCGUCCAACUCUGCUGAGCACUCGGCCUUCAGCCCCCUCUCUCGAACUCCUGCUCCCGCAACAACCCCUCCCCCAGCACCCAGCUCGGUCAACUCCCAAGACCUUGCGUCGACCCUGCUCCAGGCGUUUGCUUCUCAGGCCGCAGGUGGCGGUGCGUCCGUUGCCAGCGGGUCUGCGGCUCCGCCCAGGACCAACCCGGAAACGACGCCCCUCACGCUCGUGACGUCGCGCACCAACUUCAACUCCAUUCUCUCAAACAACCGCGCCGUCAUUGUCAACUUUACAAACACGGCUGGCUGUCCUCCGUGCCGAGCGAUCAAGCCUGCGUACGAGUCCAUUUCCGAGGAAUACUCAGCGGUGUACGGCCCCAAGGGCACACGGUUCCUGGAAGUCGAGACAGGUGUUGGGGAAGGACAAGGUAUCGCCGGUGACCAUGGAAUCACUGCCACUCCCACGUUCCAGUUCUUCAAGGACGGCAAAAAGGUCGACGAGAUGAAGGGUGCCGACAAACGUGGUCUCGAGUCGCGGGUGGAGGCGUUCCUUGACGACUGCUUCCCCCGUCAUCCGCACCGUCGCCUCUUCCUUCCCGCAACCGAGAGGCUCUCGACCCAGCCGAUCAGCGCGACUGCCACUCCCGCGUAUCCUGCCCUCCUUUCUAAGCUGGGCAGCUUCAACGGCGCCACGCCUGACCACGUCCAGGUGCUCAGCUCCGAGGUGGUGCCCUUCCUCGAGGGCAAGGUGACGCUGAACGACGCCCAACUGCAAGCUCUCGUCUCCAAGUGGACGGCCACCACCAAUGCCCUGCUCCUCACUCUCAAGGCUGCCGAAGCAUUCCCCCUCAUCGACCUCUGGCGUGUGGGUCUAACCAACGCCCGCGUGUCCGCUGCUCUCGGCCUGUUGCUCACGCCCGGCGCAACGGGUGCCGAGCCUUUGGGCCCGAUCCUGUCUCUCACCGCCAACGCUCUCAAGGCGGACACUGCGACCACACCGCGUCCGCUCCUGCUUACUACUCUUCGACUGUCCACCAACCUUCUCGCUCCUCUUCCGCUGGCCAACCUUGUUCUGUCGCCCAGCGCAGCCCUCCAGCCUGAUCUCCUCGCCGUCCUCGUCGACGCUCUCCUCCAUCCGGAAGUGAGCGUCCGCAAGGCCGCUGCCGAUGUAGCUGUCAACGCUGCCGCUUGGCGCCAUCGUGUCGGCAAGGAGCGCGCGAGGGCAGAGGGUGUCGCAGGCGAAGACGACUUUGGAGAAGAAGUGGAGUGGGAGGCCGAGCUGCUCAGCGCCCUGCUUGAGGGCAUCGGACGCGAACAGGACGCCGAUGUUGGCCACCGUCUCCUCGCGGCGUCGGCCCUGAUUAUUUACCUUUCUCCGGGCUACGACAACACCAUCAAGCCCUUCCUGGACGUCCUCGGUGCCCGUGCGACACUCGAAGCGGCAGGCAAGCGCUGGGGUAAACCAGAUGCGCGCAAACUCGCAGAUGAGGUGGCGUUCAAGCUUUGCUAG